AUGCAAGGAGCAACUACUCCAAUCAAUCGACCUGAUCAAGGAACGCAGCCAAUUCCUCGUGGGCAGCCUAUGGGCCCUCCUCCUCCCCCUGUGGCACAAUCCGAAGAAAAAAGUACAAACUUUACAGAAAAUGACGUUCUUAUUUCGUCUGGAGUAGAUAUAAAAGCAGAGGAAAUCAAUAUUCGUAGAGAACACGAGUUAAUGACAGCGCGUCAAUCUUCCACGUUAGUUCAAUAUCCAGACCGUUCACGCUCCCAAAAUUUUUUAAAUCAGAGAAGUCUUGCCGCAAAAGUUCAAUCGAUAGCUUACUUGGCACUCGCCACACAAGAAAGAAUCCGAGAGUUAAUCGAAACAAUGAUAGUAGCGAAAAACCACAGAAUACAUUCGGAACAUAUAAAUCUUCCCAUUGCCUCCGAAAACAGUUUGCCCAUGUAUAAAGAAGUUGUCAGUCUAGAUGUUAGAUCACAAUUAGCUGCCAUGGAAAAAGUAGAAAGGGAUCAAGAACGUAAAAGGCAGGAAAGCCUUGCUGGUUCAUCGCAAGAUAAUAUAGGUGACGACCAAACAGAUGAUGUAAAAGAUUCAACUGAUGCUCCGACUCAUCAACCAAAACGUGUUAAACGUCAAAAAAAAGAAUCCUCAUCUGCUUCGUCAUUGAAGCUUACUAAUGAGGCUAUUGCCACAAGCACUAAUCAAACAGCUUUGGUAGCUGCCGGUGGUCUAACGAAAAGUUGGAUGUUACAAGGUGCUAUUGAUAAAACUUCUCAGUCUUCAGCUAUAUCAACAAACAGCAACGGUACUUCAUCUGGAAUUAGGCCGUCACGUGGUCGCUCACGUUCAACUUCAAAUGGUCGACCUUUAGUAAAUAAAAGAGAUGGUCUAGGCACACGCGGCGACCAUAUAUAUUCUGCAGCACAUGAUGCUAGUGGGAGGGUUUCACGGGAUGCAGGUGAUGUCACUCCAGCAGUAACAGUGAAAGAUGCUCUUUUCGUACUUGAAAGGGAUCGUGGUGGUGGUGGUCAAGCCG